AUGCUCAACUUCGUCGCCGAAAUCCUCAACCGCGAACCCGACGACAUCAAGGAUGAAAUCAGGGAGCUUUCCCUGAACAGUCGCCUGCUGCCGGAAGAAAUUCACGACAUCUUUGUAAUCUCUCCGAGCAUCAGCCAGCUCAACACACUCAGCGACACCCCCGGCUAUAAGCAGCAAAUAGAGACCUACGAACUCGCCUUCAACAGGCACCUCAACCGCGCCAAAAUUGCGGGCAGGCGCGCCCAGCGCCACCUCGCAGAGGCAAACCUCCGCCUUGUCGUCAGCGUCGCCAAAAAGUACAUCGGCAGGGGCAUGUCCCUCCUGGAUCUCAUUCAGGAAGGCAACAUCGGCCUCAUCCGCGCCGUCGAAAAGUUCGACUACCGCAAGGGCUACAAGUUCAGCACCUACGCGACUUGGUGGAUUCGGCAGGCUAUCACCCGCGCGAUCGCAGACCAGGCGCGCACCAUCCGCAUACCCGUCCACAUGGUCGAAACCAUCAACAAGCUCCUGCGCGUCAGCCGCCGCCUCGUUCAGGAAUACGGGCGCGAGCCGACCAGCGAAGAAAUCGGCUCAGGCAUGGACGUAACCCCUGAACGAGUCCGCGAAAUCCUGAAGAUCUCGCAGGAACCCGUAUCUCUCGAAACCCCCAUCGGCGAAGAAGAGGACAGCCAUCUCGGAGAUUUCAUCGAAGACCGCAGCGCGCUAGCCCCCGCGGAUGCCGCAUCAUACCAGCUCCUCAAAGAGCAGGUCGAAGACGUCCUAUGCACCCUCAACGAGCGCGAAGCGCGCGUCCUUCAACUCCGCUUCGGACUAGAAGACGGACGCAGCCGCACCCUCGAAGAAGUCGGAAAAGACUUCGGCGUAACACGCGAGCGCAUCCGCCAGAUCGAAGCCAAGGCAUUGCGCAAGCUCCGCCACCCCAACCGCUCCAAAAAACUCCGCGACUUCCUCGAAUAG